ACGAGAAAGAAAGAUUCUUCAUUCUUUCCAGCGGUUUCCUUCUUUGGUUCCAUUCCCAAACACCCCCCCUCUACCCCGCGAAGCAGCAAACCCACCCAAAUCUUCAUGGAGACGCGUCGCGGCUCAGGUGCCGUCCCAAGGGUUCGCCAGGUCGGCUUCUUCACGCCCAACGCACCGCCACAACCUACUGGUCAGCGCGCUCGGACUCAGUCUGCUCCGCUUGAAUCCAACUCGCCUCCGCUGUCCAAUUCUCCCGCCAGCAACUCGCUCUCUCCGGUCAUGAUCCCGCCAUCUCGUCAUCUCUCCGAAAAUAUCGCCACGCGCAGCGCCGCUGUUCCGGUCCCUGGGCGGUCAGCCCCUGGAGAGCACAUGGUAGUGGGGAGCUACAACCCGUCUGAGUUGGUGCUCGAAUUGGAGUCGCCGCCGAGUCGGACUGGUGAUGGUGAGUUCUCCGAGGAGACGGAGUCGAACUUGGGCUGGCUCGGUAGGAGCAACUCCGGGAAAUUCGCUUCUAGUCUUCCGAGCGGCGGUUUCGAUUUGUCACCAGUGAAGCCGCCUGAGAAUGUCGGCGAAGUUGAAGCAAAGAAGAGCAUUCAAGUGCCGGAAAAAUGUGUAGGACCUGUGGAAGGGGUUCGCAGUGAAUUGACUUCAACUUCAAAGCCACAGAAAGCAAAAACAACAAAAGCCGAGAGACGUGCUAAACAGGAAUCUGAUCGAGCUGCCAAAGCUGCUGCGAAAGAGGCAAUGCAAUCAGCUGCUGCUUCUGGGGGAGCAGGCAAACCUGUGAAGCAGCCCUCGCAAAAGAAAGAUGUUCCUCCAGCUGCGCCUUCAAUUGCAGCUUCUGAAAGGAAAGGACCUGAUCGCCCAGCCGAGAAAGAGAGGAAGAAAGAUGUUCCUCCCCCACGUAUGCAAUUUGAUGAUAAGAGCCGUGUGGAGAAGGCAAAAAGGCGUUCAGUGGUAAAUCAAACUGAAGUCAGGAACAGAGUUGAAUUGUUUCGCCAUCUGCCCCAGUACGAACAUGGAACACAGCUUCCCAAUUUGGAGUCUAAAAUUUUCCAUCUGGAUUCAAUACAUCCUACUGUAUACAAGGUUGGGUUACAGUAUUUGGCAGGAGAUAUAACUGGUGGUAAUGCACGCUGUAUUGCAAUGCUUCAAGCAUUUCAGGAAGCUAUUAGAGAUUAUUCCACACCACCAGAAAAGACCCUCAUUAGAGACUUAACUGCCAAAAUUAACAGUUAUGUUUCUUUUUUGACUGAAUGCCGGCCACUUUCUAUGAGUAUGGGAAAUGCAAUUAGGUUUCUGAAGAUUCACAUUGCAAAGUUACCUUUAAAUCUCUCUGAAUUGGAAGCAAAAGCUGCCCUUUGUUCGGACAUUGACCGUUUCAUAAAUGAGAAGAUAGUGCUUGCUGAUAAGGUGAUAGUUAGACAUGCUGCAACUAAGAUAAGGGAUGGUGAUGUUCUUCUGACAUAUGGAUCAUCGUGUGUUGUUGAAAUGAUUCUAUUACAUGCCCAUGAAUUAGGGAAACAGUUUCGUGUUGUGGUGAUAGACUCACGUCAGCUUGAAGGUCAAAAGCUAUUGAAGAGGCUGGUAGCAAAGGGCCUGAGGUGUACAUAUGCUCAUAUAGUUGAUGUUUCCUAUAUCAUGCAUGAAGUCACAAGAGUUUUUCUAGGGGCUUCCUCAGUAUUAGCCAAUGGAACUGUAUAUUCAAGGGUAGGGACUGCACUUGUCGCAAUGGUUGCCCAUGAAUUCCGUGUUCCAGUGUUGGUCUGUUGUGAAGCUUAUAAAUUUCAUGAAAGGGUUCAGCUUGAUUCAAUCUGCUUUAAUGAACUAGGUGAUCCAAAUGAUAUUGCCAGGGUCCCUGGAAGACCUGAAGUUAAGCAUCUGGAUAAUUCGACUGACAAAGAAAGUCUCCAACUUCUGAAUUUAAAGUAUGAUGCUACUCCUUCAGAUUACAUCUCAAUGAUUGUCACAGAAUAUGGCAUGAUCCCAACAACUAGUGUGCCUGUCAUCGUGCGUGAGUAUCGGAAGGAGCAUCUGCUGAUAUAGAAAUGUCCACAGCUUGGGCGGGGAUUAUUGGGUAAAGAAAGCUUUUCAUUUACUACAAUUAUGGAUUUAUCAUCUUUGAAAAGAUUUAUAUUGUUUAUAACAUUUCUCUUUAACAGUUAAUCUGAUCUAUAUCUUAACCAUUCUUUACAUUUUAAAUUUAAUGAAUAAUUCUAAACGUC